AGGAUUUGUGGUUUGCCUUUUUCGCACAAGAGCACCCCUCAUAGUCCUUUGAACUUGGAUCUAUAGCGGGGGGGAAAAAUCCACCCUCAGUUCUGAAUGGUGUGGAACCGGACAUAUUAAAUUUUUGCUAUUCUCUGGAAGGGGAAGGGGAAGAAAAAUGAAGUUUCUUGUUGCUUCUUUUCUGGUGCUGCAGCUGCUGGUUGUGUUGGAAAUCCAAAGUUUUGACUUUGUUGUGGAAGAAGAGCCAAAGAAACCAGCAGAGCUGUUCGACCUGGAGACCAGGGGCUUCUUCUCCAGUCCCCAGCUGCGAAGGGGCAGAUCUCAGAGAAGCACCUCCAACUCUGAAGAGGAGGAAGAAUUGCUUCUCGGUGAUGACAAAAUCAUCCUCCACAGCUACAAGAUCCAGUCCACCAUUACGUCCCGCAUGGCCAACACGAUGGUCCAGACUAAAGUGGAAAACAGAGCUAAGAACUCGCAGAAUAUGGUCUUUGAUGUCCAGGUCCCUAAAGGGGCCUUUAUCCACAAUUUUACUAUGGGAUGUAUAUCACACAUCGGACACAAGUGUAUAUCACACAUCGGGCACAAAAGUAAACGUCUACCCCCUUUCCCCCCCCUGAAUUUGCAGAAAUUCUACAACCAGGUUUCUACUCCACUUCUCAAAAAACUGGACUUCAACUAUCCUAAAGGCUUGGUGUCUGAUGUAACCCAGAGCGCCUUCCAACAUUAUUUUAAAGGGUCAGAGAUUGUGGUGUCAGGAAAAGUUGACACUGAAAAUGUACAGCAUUUACAGAGCGUGGUGACAGCCACAGCGUCCAACACGCAGUUAAUCUUGGACACUCUGGCAAAUGUUGAAGGAUUGGAUGAGUUCCUGGACAAGGAUAAGCACGCUGAUCCCAAAUUCACGGAAAAGUUGUGGGCCUACCUGACUGUCAACCAACUCAUGGCGGAAAGAAACGUGGCUCCUUCUGCUGCCAUGAAAAGGAACAUCACCAAGGCCAUUCUGCAGAUGUCGCUGGAUCACCACAUCGUGACCCCCUACACAGCUAUGCUCAUCGAGAACCCCGAUGGGGAUGAGCUGAUGCUGGCCGACUCCCCGCAGGACCGCAAGAGAGCCUGUUGUCCAGGUGCUCUAACCAUUGGACAGCCCAAGCCCGAGAAGCCCAUCUCUGCUUGGACUCAGCAUGGCUCACAAUCAGCCCUUAGGGGUCCAACGGCAGCAACUGUACAUACAGGGCCCAUAGUUAUUGGCCGAGAACCAACGGACAACUCCAUUCCAUCCUGGGCGAACCCCACAAAGAAAUCGGGAGGUCCUUUACCUGCUAUCAUGGGUCCAACCUCUGCCAUAAAUGCAGGAUCUUUAAAUUUAGGGCACCAAAAGUCUGGUAACUCCAGCAUCUUGUCCAAGAACCCAGAUGACAGCAAGAGAAUACAUUCAGUGGACAACGAUCCCCAUUUCAUCAUCACCUUCCCAAGGCAACAGAAGAACAUCUGCUUCAAUAUUGAUUCUCAACCAGGGGCCAUCCUGAAUUUAAUUUCAGACGUGGAGUCCAGAAUCACAAUUAACGGGGAACUCAUCGGAGCCAAGAGGUUCUUGCAUAACAAACUCAACACUUACUUUGGCAAGGUUGGGUUUCAUUUUGAAGCGAAAGGCCUGAAGGUUGAAGUCAGUCCCGAGGCGAUCACCUUGAAGGAUGGCUCUUCUACCACGUCUCUUUCCUGGUCAGAGACAGGAAGUCUCAUUCGGAGGAGGUUGCUGGUCUCGGUCAAGAAAGAGAGCAACGUGACUCUCACCGUAGACGGGGACCUGACAUUUAUGGUCCUUCUCCAUCGGGUUUGGAAGAAGCACCCCGUGAAUGUGGAUUUCCUGGGCAUCUACAUCCCUCCGGCAAAUAAUUUCUCCUCCACUGUGCAUGGCCUCAUUGGUCAGUUUAUGCAGGAACAGGACGUGAUCAUCUACAAUGAAAGACCAGGACAAGAUCCAGGAAAAUCUGAUGCUACCAUGGAAGUGAAAGGCCACAAGCUGACCGUUACCCGAGGCCUGCAAAAGGAUUAUCGCUUGGACCGUGUGUUUGGGACCAACGUCCAGUGCUGGUUUGUACACAACAACGGCAAAGGGUUCCUUGAUGGCCACUACACGGAUUAUCUUGUCCCUAAUUUAUACAGCUACCUGAAGCACUUCUGAAGGCUCACCUUUACGGCAGGGCAAGGAAACUGCCCGAAUGGCCAUGCAACUCACCCUGUAAGCAAAUUCACAUGGGCAGCAGCCUUUGGGAAGAGCUUCAUUGCGGCCUGCUCCAGCCUAACAUUGCGCACAUUCCCCUCUCCCCUAAAAUUAACCCCCCAACCUAAACCCACCUUAUUUGGACGUGGUGUCACUGGGACUUCUAGUGUAGUAUGCAAACCAAAAAUUCCACUUUCGGGCAAAGUUGCAUUUGACAGCAAACGUGACCAGCAAAGAGUGCUGGAGUAACGUAGAAUUUUAUUUUUUUUUAAUAUUGUUUUUCCCCGACUGUAUAAAGACCGUGUAUCCGAACAGAAUUAAAGUAGUAAACUCCCCCCAUGAGUAUUGUAUCAUGUUCAACUUAUCUAAUGUGCCUGAGAAGUUUUCAAACAAGGGCUUGAACCAGGAGUCACUAAACUUGAAAACUUUUUUAAUGCCUGGGGAAUUCUGGGAGUUGAAGUCUACAGGUCUUAAAAGUGGCCAAGAUUGGAUGCCCCUGCCUUAAAGAAACACCAGUGGAAUCGAGGCAGAAAAACCCUGCCAUCUAGCGGUCGAAUUUAAAUUACAGAUUUAGCUGUCGCUUAAAUGUGUCCUUAAGAGAAUACAGAUCGUCCUCGAUUUACGACGGGUCACUCGAAAAUUGUCCGAAGUUAUAACGGACCCCUCAAAAGACACGUAAGCCAGUUUGCAGCCUCUCAAACGACUGCAAUUUUGGACUUUUCUUUGCUGGUUUCCAGAGUUUAGAAAUAACUUACUUCUAGUUGCCUGUU